UUUAUUGUCCCUCGAGAAAUAACCAUCUUAAUAACAUUGUUUCUUAUCCAUUUUCAGGUACGAUUCCCGAGGAGAUUGGCUAUCUUGAUAAACUUGAGGUGUUAUACUUGUAUAACAAUAGCUUAAGUGGAUCUAUUCCUUCCAAAAUCUUCAACUUGUCAUCACUCACUCAUUUGGGGGUUGAUCAGAAUAGCCUCUCAGGCACACUUCCAUCAAAUACGGGAUAUAGCCUUCCUAACCUGCAAUAUCUAUACUUGAAUCAUAACAAUUUUGUUGGAAAUAUUCCAAAUAACAUAUUCAACUCUUCUAAUCUUAUUAUUUUUCAAUUGCAUGACAAUGCAUUCAGUGGAACUCUACCCAAUAUUGCUUUUGGAGAUUUAGGAUUGCUUGAAUCGUUUCGCAUAUAUAACAACAAUUUGACAAUAGAAGAUUCUCAUCAAUUCUUUACUUCCUUGACAAAUUGUAGAUAUUUGAAGUAUCUAGACUUAUCAGGGAAUCAUAUAUCCAAUCUUCCUAAGUCAAUUGGAAACAUAACAUCAGAAUUCUUCCGAGCAGCAUCAUGUGGAAUUGAUGGUAAUAUUCCCCAAGAAGUUGGAAACAUGACCAACUUGCUACUUCUUUCUAUUUUUGGGAAUAAUAUAACUGGACGAAUACCUGGUACAUUCAAAGAGUUGCAGAAACUUCAGUAUUUGAAUCUUGGCAACAAUGGACUACAAGGAUCAUUUAUUGAAGAGUUUUGUGAAAUGAAGAGUUUGGGUGAGUUGUAUCUGGAAAAUAAUAAGCUCUCUGGAGUUUUACCAACAUGUUUGGGAAAUAUGACUUCUCUUAGAAUAUUGAACAUUGGAUCUAAUGAUUUGAACUCUAAGAUACCGUCCUCUCUUUGGAGUCUCAAAGAUAUCUUACUAGUAAAUUUGUUCUCUAAUGCUCUCAUUGGUGAUCUUCCACCUGAGGUUGGGAAUUUGAGACAAAUUGUAGUAUUAGAUCUAUCAAGAAAUCAUAUUUCAAGAAACAUUCCCACAACCAUCAGUUCCUUACAAAAUUUGCAGACUCUGUCCUUAGCUCAUAACAAAUUGAAUGGAUCAAUUCCCUCAUCACUUAGUGAAAUGGUAAGCUUGGUCUCUUUGGACUUGUCCCAAAAUAUGCUAGAUGGUGUUAUUCCAAAAUCCUUAGAAUCACUUUUGUACCUUCAAAACAUCAACUUCUCAUAUAAUAGAUUACAAGGAGAGAUUCCUGAUGGUGGACAUUUCAAAAACUUCACAGCUCAAUCAUUCAUGCAUAAUGAUGCACUUUGCGGUGAUCCUCGACUCAUAGUACCUCCAUGUGAUAAGCAAGUUAAAAAAUGGUCAAUGGAAAAAAAGCUUAUAUUGAAAUGCAUACUUCCUAUAGUUGUGUCAGUCGUUUUGAUUGUUGCGUGCAUCAUACUUUUAAAACAUAAUAAAGGGAAAAAGAACGAAACUACUCUUGAAAGGGGUUUUUCAACUUUAGGAGCUCCAAGAAGAAUAUCCUAUUAUGAAAUUGUGCAAGCAACUAAUGGAUUCAAUGAGAGUAAUUUCCUUGGAAGGGGGGGAUUUGGCUCUGUUUAUCAGGGGAAGCUUCUUGAUGGUGAGAUGAUUGCCGUUAAAGUAAUUGAUUUGCAAUCAGAGGCAAAAUCAAAGAGCUUUGAUGCAGAAUGCAAUGCGAUGAGAAAUCUACGACAUCGGAAUCUGGUAAAGAUUAUCAGUUGUUGCUCAAAUCUUGAUUUCAAAUCAUUGGUGAUGGAGUUCAUGUCAAAUGGAAGUGUAGACAAAUGGUUAUAUUCAAAUAAUUAUUGUCUAAGUUUCUUGCAAAGGUUAAAUAUAAUGAUAGAUGUUGCAUCUGCAUUGGAAUAUCUCCAUCGUGGUUCUUCAAUACCAGUGGUUCAUUGUGAUCUAAAGCCUUCCAAUGUCUUGUUGGAUGAAAAUAUGGUUGCACAUGUUAGCGAUUUUGGUAUUGCAAAGCUCAUGGAUGAAGGACAAUCUCAAACUCAUACACAAACUUUGGCUACUAUUGGAUAUCUUGCACCAGAGUAUGGUUCUAGAGGAAUUGUUUCUGUCAAAGGAGACGUGUACAGCUAUGGGAUUAUGCUAAUGGAAAUCUUCACAAGAAGAAAGCCAACAGAUGAUAUGUUUGUUGCAGAACUAAGCUUGAAGACAUGGAUCAGUGAAUCAUUGCCUAAUUCAAUUAUGGAGGUCAUGGAUUCAAAUUUAGUCCAACUAACUGGGGACCAAAUUGAUGAUAUAUCGACUCACAUGUCAUCUAUUUUUAGUUUAGCCCUGAGUUGUUGUGAAAAUUCACCUGAAGCAAGAAUUAAUAUGGCAGAUGUUAUUGCGUCGCUAAUGAAAAUAAAGGCUUUGGUUCUUGGCGCAAACAGGGUCUAGUUAUUUUCCUUUUGUACAAGUGGAGUUUUCAAUAUUGUUUCUGGAUUGAUGGCUUUCAAUUUUAUUUGUUGUUGUAUGAGAUUGAAGUACAUUAUUUUUUUUUAUUCCUCUAGAUUUUAAGAGAAUGGACCGCUGAAUAAAAGAUCAUCCCACAAGCAUGUAAAAUGGGG